GAGCGAGCUUCCCCCACCUGAACUCUGCUGGAGGGGUCGGGGGGGCUGCAGGCAGCAGCUCCGGUGGGUUGGAGCUGUGCGAUGCCUCGAAAUCGCCCACGGUGCUGGUGCAGAGCCGGCUUCCUCUUCAUCUCUGCAGCUGCUGGAGGAUCUCUGUGGGUUUGGCCUCUCCUGUCGGGGCAGGCUGGCUCUGUCUCGCGGCAGCCUUUGCCCUGGGAUGGGGUUGGUUUCGUGGCACAGCUCGGGAGAUUUGGCUGCGGUUUUUCUUUCUGCGGGGAAUGGCGCUGUGAUGAAGGCUCAGGGUGAGGCAGAGCCUGCCUGGACUUCCCCUGUGUUUAACCAGAGCUGGAUGGCUGCCUCUGCCAGCUGCUGCCAGCUCCAGCACCCAGAUCCGUGGGGCACGUGGGGGGCUGGGAGGAAAGAAAGCGGCAGCUGCGUGGCUGGGGGGGUCCGGCCGUGGCUGGGGUUCCCUCGGUCUGCAUCCACAGGGAGGGGGACGCGGCGUGGGCAGGGAGCAACCCCACAGCGUGCGGCUGAGCCGUCCCUGCAGUGCUGCAGUGCAUCCUGCUGACGGUGCUUUCCCCUUGACCAAAGUCUCUGUGAGUCACUCCGCUCGAUCCUCUUAGCCCGUAAAGCUGCUGUUGCACACCGUGUUGUCCCCUGUGGGGAGAGAGGGGGGUGGGAGAGGGCAGUGGGGACCCCCAGCGUUUCCCACUCUACUCCAACCAACCCAGAACCCCAUGGGGGGUCUUUGUGUGGACGUAACUUCGGGUCACCCAACGCGUGCCGUCGCGCAGCUUCCCGCCUUGCCUUCUUCACCCCACGCAGCACUGCUGGGCUCUGGGAUGCACUGCACCCAUGGAUGCAGGGGACGGGGCAGAGAUGUGGGACGUGGGACGCAGAUGCGCUGCCUCCCCGUUGCGAGGCAAUGGGCUCCUUAUCAGCACAAAGAUGGGAGUGCUGAGCGGUGAUUGCUGCCGUGUUUGCCCCCGGUUAUCGCACAGCUCCAACCCUUGCUCUCUGCCUCCAACCCUCCCAUUUUUGCAUCGUGCUGAGCGAGCAGGAGAGGUGCCAAAUUUUUUGCCUCUCCUCCUCAUUCCUCCUGCAAAAAAACCAACCAACAACAACAAAAAAAAACCCCCCAACCCUCAGCUCCUUCAAACGCUUUUUAAGUCCGAGUUGGAACCAAUCUGGCAUUUUUGUGGCUGGGAUCUGGCGUGGGCGCAGCAGAGCCGGGAUGUUGAGGAGGCGCUGAGCCUCGCACCUCCGGCCCUGCGGGGGGGAGGGAAAGGUUUUGGGUUGUUGCAGAGGUUCUGCGGCUGCUUCUUGCCCCCCUCCCCCCGACCCGCAGCCCUGUUUUGCGCGGCUCUGAGCACCACAGCGUGUUUCACACCAUCUGCUCCAAGCAUUCGGGGCCAGAAUGCGGGGAUUUAGGCAGCGGCGGGGGGAGCGAGCCCGCCCUACCCCCCUCCUCCUUUACGGGGAUUCCCUGCGGCCCGCCCCCCCUCGUGCAGGGACGCCCAUCCCCUGCAGCCCUGCCCCAGGUGUGGAUUUUGGGCAUCCCGGGGCAUCUCCGUCUGCCCCUCCGUGCUCAGCCCCCCCCGCGGUGCCCGGAUUACCACGCUAAGCUCCUUCCCACGGGCGCUCUGCCCUCGGUGCCAUCCAUCUCCCAGUGCAGGGACAGUGGGGACACGAGGACCCCGAUGCCGCUUGUCCCCUGCGUCCCCCCACGCAGCGACAGCCAGCGAUGGCCCACCCUGGGCUCCCUGUGCCACGACACCUGCUGCAGUCCCCCCCCGAGGAGGACGGGGUGCUGUAUGUGGAGUACAAACCCCCGGCCCUGGACAGCAUCCGCCUGCCCCGCUACGCGCUCUACCUGCUGAUGGCCAUCUCCCUGGUGCUGGUGGUGGCGUACGCCAUCGUGGGGCACCUCAUCAAGGACCUGGUGCACGACUUUGCCGAUUGGGCAUUCGGACCCAAAGCGGAGGAGAAGGCAGUGAUGGGUGAGGGGAGCACGCCUGAGGCGGAGGAUGGGGCUCAGGGUGAAGGUGUUGGGGCGCUGCCGGGCAUGGAGGCCCCAUCGCCGCUGCUCUGCGCCGCCCCACGCAGCUCCAUCUCCUUCGUGGAUCCGCACAAGAAGUGGUUUUUCUAGGGGCACAGGGCUGCACCCACUGCUGGCACUCCGUCCCCAUCCCCACCGUCUCUGUGUGUGCAUCUCAGGGCUGCUAUCGCGCCGCACCCCAAUAAAUCCACGCUGUGCCCUUGGGGACCCCGACCUUCGCACGGGAACGCACCUGGGAAUGGGGCACACGAGGACAUGAGGCAGACACGUGGGCUCGGAUGGGGGCUCAGAUACUUGGACCCAGGUGUGGGUGUCGAUGGGGCCGUGCUCCGUGGGUGCCCCCAAGACGGGUUUGGUGGGGACAAAGCGCCCCCGAGCCCCGCUGUGCUGCAGGAGGGGGCAUAGACCCCCCUCACACUGGGACAGGGCGCCCAUCCCCAGGCUCCACGCGGACCCCAUGGGCGCUUCUCACAGGAGGAGCCCCUGCACAGCCUGUGCGUCACCCAGGGGUGCCACCAACCCCCCUGGACCUGAAUGGCCUCCAAGGGAAGGAGGGGGCAAAACGGAGCUGCCUGUGAUAAGACUUUGCUGAUCAGAGCACUGACAGCACAUGGGUGUGGUGCGGGCACUGCUUGGAUGUGUGAUGGGCAGAGGGAGAGAGGUGGCACUGGGCUGCCUGGGCCCUACACCCGUCCAUCCAUCUGUCCAUCCACCCACCCAUCUUCCUAUCCGUCUGUCUGUCUAUCUACUGCUCUUCCAUGUUUUCACCUAUCCUUCCUUCCUUCCUUCCUUCCUUCCUUCCUUCCUUCCUUCCUUCCUUCCUUCCUUCCUUCCUUCCUUCCUUCCUUCCUUCCUUCCUUCCUUCCUUCCUUCCUUCCUUCCUUCCUUCCUUCCUUCCUUCCUUCCUUCCUUCCUUCCUUCCUUCCUUCCUUCCUUCCUUCCUUCCUUCCUUCCU